AUGUCUACUACUAGAAGAGGAGGGAAUUUGAGUCUCAAGUUGGAUAUAUCACAAGCUUAUGAUACUAUAAGCUGGGAAUUCCUUUAUAGAACUAUGAAGAAACUUAGUUUUUCAGCAAAAUUUUGUAACUGGAUCCUAAUGCUUCUUAAAUCUUCAAAAAUCUCUAUUAUGUUACAUGGUGGACCAAUUGGAUUUUUUGGUAUUGGCAGAGGCCUCAAGCAAGGUGACCCCCUCUCUCACAUACUCUUUAUAAUUGCUGAAGAUGUCCUUAGUAGAAAUAUCCAAAAAAUGGUCAUUGAACAUAAAAUUCAACCAAUGGUGGUUAGAAAUGGAUUCCAUCCUACACACUUACUCUUUGCUGAUGAUAUUUUGCUAUUUUGUAAUGGGAGUAAGAGAAGUAUUACUAAUCUGAAAUCUCUUCUUGUUGAUUAUCAAGCUGCUUCUGGUCAAAUUAUAAAUGCUGACAAAAUGGAAUACAUGCAAUCUAGCCUCACUGCUUGGAGUGGUAGAUUACUAAAUUUCCAGGCAAGACUUACUCUAGUUAAACAUGUUCUUUGCAGUAUUCAUGUGUAUAAUAUGUAUAUUUACAGAUGGCCAAGGAAAGUUAUUGCUGCUUGUGAAAGAAUUAUUAGGAACUAUCUUUGGUUAGGAAAUGCUGAUGAAAAAAAAUGUGUAACUUUGAAAUGGGAAAAAGUCUGUUCUCCUAUGGAAGAAGGUGGUCUUGGAAUUAGAAAUCUUGAAGACAUAAAUAAAGCUUUGCUUAUGAAGUUUUUAUGGAAAAUGCUAAAUUCUCAAGAUGAAUGGGCUGGUUUUUUCCUAGCUAAAUAUAAAGAUAAAUAA